AUGGACCACCAGAGUGUGCCACCUCCUCUCCCUAAUUUCGAAAUCAUAGAGACAGCGUUCACAAGCUUGGGAACUGAGAUCCCAAAGCUUCGAAACAUCGAAGCUGCACGACAAUCGCAGCAGAUUCUCGACGGCAUCGCGCAAAUCGCCCGCGACGUGAAUACUCUCCGAAACGAAGUUUCUACUCUCCGAAACGAAGUUUCUACUCUCCGAAACGAAGUUUCUACUCUCAAAAACGAGGUUGCUGGUCUGGGCAACCGUUUUACUGCUCUUGAGAACCGUUUCACCGCCCAAGAAAACGCUACAAUCCGACUUCAAAACGCCCAGAGACAACUGUCUUUCCCCACCGCUCCGCUUCUCCCUCUCCGCGACCCCCAGACUGGGAUUCCCAUACCGAAUUGCCCGAACACGAUUGAUCAUAUAAACCGUUUGUCUGCGGUGGAGGCAAGCCGAAUUCUUCAGAUCCUCGAGGUACGGGUCCCACGCGCUUUACAGGAUAGGAGGGAAGCAGUUCGACAUCAAUUCAUCUAA